AUGAGUGUUUUAAAUAAGCUAACUUCGAUUCUUUUUCUAGGAUUAGUUGGCCGAAAGUCAUUUUUAGCAGCAGCUACUGAAGCCACAGCCGCUUGUUCGUCGUCUUCGUCGAAAAAUUGUUGGUUACCAUCGUCUAGAAUGUCGAGCACUUCCAGUUCAUAUACAGCGGGCGCCAGCUCGAUUUGCUAUGUAACCACUCCGAAUGAGGAAUCGGCCAAAAAGCUUGCCGGCGACCUUGUCUCAAGCAAAUUGGCCGCAUGUGUGAACAUUCUUCCCAACAUUCAAUCGGUCUACGAGUGGGAAGGUAAAAUCAAUGAAGACUUGGAAUAUUUGCUCAUGAUCAAAACAACCACCGAAAAUGUGCAAGAAUUGACCACCUAUGUGCGCGAAAAUCAUCCGUACAGCGUGGCUGAAGUGAUUUCGGUGAAGAUCGAAAGCGGUAAUCCUCCAUACCUCGACUGGAUUGCUAAAAAUGUGAAAAAACCAAACACGCCAAAUGAACCAAAAGCCUGAAUUUCCGAUAUUCACAACAGCAUUUAUUAGCGAUACUCAUUGUUAGCUUAAUGAAAACGGUAGAUAAAAGGAGAAGUUCAGAUAAAGUGUCAAUAUUUGAUAUACUUAAGAAGACAAGACUUUAUUUGGACAUAAAACUACAGCAUAAAGUACUAAAUGAAGUUAUUGAUGUUUGUUUGAUGUAUCUUUUGCCCCUUUGCAUGUGGUGAAUGUGCAACCAAAAGCUACGAAUAAAAUUCAGUCAAUUAUCGAGCAUAACAAAA